AUGGCAGUCGGAGGAGCAAACCCCCAAACCACCAAGCCAACGAGCAGCCGCCGCCGGGGCACAAUUGCCGCCAACCCCAUCAUUUCCAUCGCAACCAACGCCGCCACCGGCCGCAACACAAACCCAAACCCAUCCCGCCCCACCGCUGCCCCAAACAACAACAACAACAACACCGCACAAGCACAACACGAGGCGGCGCAUGCGCAGCACCACCACGUACGCAACCGCCAAAACCGCGUCGGCAAGCGCUACCGCGACAGACUCACCGCCGGCUUCGAGAGCCUGCAAGCCAGCCUCGGCCUCGACGCCGGCGCGGACGGGGACGCGUUGGAUGCCGAUACCGAUGCCGAUGCCCCUGUCAGAUCGGACUCGGGAGAAGAUGAUGACUCCGGAGAGGACGGCGGCGGCGGCGGCGGCGGUGGCGGCGCGCUGGUGGUGCUGGUGACUACUGCUGCUGCUGCUGCUGCUGCUGCUGCUACCAGUACUGCUACUGCAAAACAAGGGAGUGGGAGGCGGCGGCGGCGGAGGGCGUUGAAUAAGGGCAAGAUCCUUGAUUUGACGUGUGUGCGGGUGAGGGAGUUGCUGGGGGAGUGGGAGGGGGUGAGGGCGGAGGUGGAGGGGUUGAGGAGGGAGAGGGUUUUGCAGGGGUGGUGA